AUGCUGCAGGUACCCCAUCUUUGUUGGUACCUGUUCACUGGCCAUCUCCGCUCACCCCUGGGCUGUUGCAGUGCCCCCCUGCUGCUGCAUUGUCCCACUUACAGACUCCUGCAGGAUUCCUGUCAGCAAUCCAACUAAAUAAUCGGCUAUCAAAUCUCGGAUGAAAAGCAACUGAAGAAAUGUACAGAUGGAGCCAGGAGGAACACCAGGCCCAUGGCUGACACGCACCGAUGUGACCUCUCCAUCUGGCUGUUUAACCUAAUCUGAACCUCCUCAAGACUUUCUGUUCCAGGACAGAUGACUGACUCUCAGGACUGAAAUCCAGCUGAAGUUGGAAGUUGGCGUUCACUCGUAGAGUUGGAUACUACUAUGGGCGAUAUGGAUGUAUACAAAUGUUUAAGCUUACUUUUCUUCACUCUUCUUCCACAAGUAUGUUCCCAAGUUGGACCCCGUGCCCAUGCUGAAGAGAGGCUGCUCAAGGAUCUGUUCGUACAUUACAAUAAGCUCUCCAGGCCUGUGGAAAACACCACAGACACAGUGCUAGUCCACUUUGGACUGUCUAUUGCCCAGCUUAUUGAUGUUGAUGAGAAAAACCAGAUGAUGACCACAAACGUCUGGGUCAAGCAGGAAUGGAAUGAUUACAAACUCCGCUGGAACCCGGAGGAAUAUGAAAAUGUCACCUCCAUCCGUAUUCCCUCAGAGAUCAUCUGGAGACCAGACAUUGUCCUCUACAACAAUGCUGAUGGCGACUUUGCAGUAACUCACUUCACGAAGGCACAUCUGUUCUUUGACGGUCAGAUAAAAUGGAUGCCACCGGCCAUUUACAAAUCCUCAUGCAGCAUAGAUGUGACCUUUUUCCCUUUUGACCAACAAAGCUGCAAAAUGAAGUUUGGUUCAUGGACCUAUGACCGUGCCAAAAUCGAUCUGAUCAACAUGGCCAGUGAUGUGGACCAGAUGGACUACUGGGAGAGCGGUGAAUGGGUCAUUGUCAAUGCUGUGGGCAAGUACAAUACCAAAAAGUAUGAAUGCUGUACAGAGAUCUACGCAGAUAUCACUUACUACUUCAUCAUCCGGAGGCUUCCGUUGUUCUACACUAUAAACCUUAUCAUCCCCUGUCUUCUUAUCUCCUGUCUGACUGUGCUGGUGUUUUAUCUGCCAUCACAAUGUGGAGAGAAGAUCACCCUGUGUAUCUCAGUGUUACUGUCACUAACAGUAUUCCUCCUGCUGAUCACAGAGAUUAUACCAUCCACAUCGUUGGUGAUUCCAUUGAUUGGUGAAUACCUACUGUUUACAAUGGUCUUUGUCACGCUCUCCAUCAUAAUUACUGUGUUUGUGCUAAACGUACAUCACCGAUCACCACAAACCCAUGGCAUGCCUCACUGGGUGCGGAGAGUAUUCUUGGACUUGGUGCCCCGAGUCCUCUUCAUGAAGCGUCCACCAGGCACAGCCAAGCAGCACUGCAAGAAGCUUAUCGAAAUGAUGCACCGCCCUACUACCAUAUCUGCAACAGGUAACUCUCAGGCUUUUUGGUCAGGAUUAGAGACCGGGUUGAGACAAAUGGGCCAGGUCGAGAACACACUCCCGAAGACUCCAUCCGACAGUCCAAGCAUUCUUGUCUGCUCGCCGUCCCCACCCUCUUCCACUCUCGAGGACUGCAACAAGGAAGAUCAUUCACUGAAGGCGAGCAUUUUCUGCCAGUCCACAUCUGGUCAAUAUUCAAUUCUCUCAGAGAAACAACUCCUACGUGGACAUAACUCUGCUGCCUCGUCUUCUUCCCAAUUGUCCUUACCCCCAACUUUACCACUGGGUCCACUUCGGACUCUAGCCAGGGAAGAACCCAAUACCUUGGCCCCAAAUGGUCGCUCCCUCAGUGCAGAGCAAAUGUUUGGCCAACAGAAGGAGCUCCCCCAGACAGCUGGGCAUCUGUGUCGUUCCCGCAGCUUCCAGUACUGCUGUCUGCAUGAUGAAGGGCCUGGGGUUAUUGCUGUUGCAGGGCUGGUGAAGAAACAAGCCCCUGUAGAUCACCUGGCAGAAACCUUCACAGCAGAGUCCACUAAAGAUGCAAGUACCCAACAAGACACCAUGGUUCCAACUAUUUCCCCAGCUAUGCAACGUGCCAUAGAGGGAGUUCAAUACAUUGCUGAUCAUCUUAGGGCACUGGACGCAGAUUUUUCAGUAAAGGAGGACUGGAAGUAUGUGGCUAUGGUCAUUGACAGGAUAUUCCUCUGGAUGUUUGUACUCGUGUGUAUACUCGGAUCUGUUGGACUCUUUCUCCCUCCUUGGCUGGCUGGAAUGAUCUAGAAACUCGCAACUAAAAAAAGGGAGUCCAUGAACAUUGACAGGAAGACAUGCCGUCUUAUCUUGUAAAAAAAAAAGAAUGGUUUGUCAUUUAUCUUUUUAUUUUCUAUUUUUCAAAGGAACGACGAGAGACACUUGCUCUUGCCCCAGGUUAUCAAAAGGUUACACACAGAGAAACGAGAUUAAAUAUCUAUCAUUGAUUCCAGUGGGAAUAUAAAUUCUUUAUGAGGGCAAAAGGCCAACAGCAAAAAUAUCUUUCCGCACCACUCCAUUUUGACAUUGAGCUGUGUAGCUCAAGCUGUCAGAACAGAAAAAUGGUUUUUGACUGUUUUACAACUGCAGAAAACAUCACAGUAAGACUGCAAUAAAUGUAUAAUACUACAAAAAGUUUAAUUUAAAUUUGGAUUUUAACAUUCCUACUCAACAUCAGCACAAUUGACAGUGCAGUGCCCUCACCAAAUAUUCAUAUUCUCUGUAUUUGUCAGAAUUCAGUGCUGGGAUGGAGUUGUGUGUGCGUGUGUUCAGGUAUUUUUGCAAUGUCCACUGCUUAGGUAAGCACACAUAAGGCUCUGUGAUUUCCUGAACCCAGCAGCUAAAUAAACACAUUUAUUCAAUAUUUUGCUCAGCUUUUUAUUACUACCACAACACUUUGGUGUUAACUGGGAGGGACUCUAGUCAUUCAUAGCCCUUUCUCCACUAAACCUCAGUUACUUAAAAAGGCAAGGCCACCAAGAGUUUGUUCCUAUUGUUUGAUGAAUUAGUUGAAUAGAAGUGGAAUGACGUUUUUUUGUUUUGUUUUAUUUUGCUUUUUUUUUUGUCAAGCAUGAUUUUUAAACCCAUAAUCAUCCCUUUUAGGCACUGAUAUUUAUGGCUAACUGUGAAUAUUAAUAAAAAA